GGACAGGAAGAGGAGUCAAACGUCACCGCUGUCAGCACUGUGACAAAACCUUCACAACAUCACAACAUUUAAAGAUUCAUCAGAGAGUUCACACUGGAGAGAAGCCAAACAGCUGUGAUCAAUGUGGGGCAGCUUUCACACAGCAGAGUCACCUAAAAAGACAUCAACGCAUUCACACUGGAGAGAAGCCGUACAGCUGUGAUCAAUGUGGGACAACCUUUUCUAGGAGUAGUCAUCUUAAAUCUCACCAACGUACACACACUGGAGAGAAGCUGUACAGCUGUGAUCAAUGUGGGGCAGCUUUCACACAACAGGGUCACCUAAAACAACAUCAACGCAUUCACACUGGAGAGAAGCCGUACAGCUGUGAACAAUGUGGGAAAACCUUUUCUCAUAGUGGUCACCUUAAAUCUCACCAGCGCAUUCACACAGGAGAGAAGCCGUACUGGUGUGAACAAUGUGGGGAAACAUUUUCUGAGGGUGGUAGCCUUAAAAAACACCAGCGCAUUCACACUGGAGAGAAGCCGUACUGGUGUGAACAAUGUGGGAGAUCCUUUACUCACAGUAGUGGCCUUGAAUCUCACCAGCUUAUUCACACUGGAGAGAAGCCGUACUGGUGUGAACAAUGUGGGAAAACAUUUUCUGAUGGUGGUAACCUUAAAAAACACCAGCGCAUUCACACAGGAGAGAAGCCGUACUGGUGUGAACAAUGUGGGAAAACCUUUUCUCGGAGUGAUAGCCUUAAAAAUCACCAGCGCAUUCACACUGCCUCGUUGUGAACAUGUUUCAGAGCCAAGCUGUUUCCUCCUCCUCAUGCCCUGAUAGCUGUGUUGUUAUAUUCUGAUCUUCUCUCCACAUUGAAGGCUGACCAGCAGUAACUCUAUCUUCUGAACAGCAUGUAUGUUGUCCUGGCUACGACUACAUAUUACGCUCCUUCCCUUUGAAGGGGUAGUCCUGUCAUUCAUGUAAAUAGUUUAACCCUCUGCUUUGAACCGGAUCCCGCACGCUUCUUCAGUGGAUCAGAUUUAAGUCUGACUCUUUAGUCUCAUUAAAACAGCUGGUUCGAUUCAGGGUAAAGUUUAAGAGCUGAAGAAGGUCGUGUAAUUUGGUCAAAAGCUCCAAUUGAGAGACUGUAAGCCUUAUGGUGAGAAUAAUCUGUUAAAGAUGUGUUCCCAUUAUAUGUUUGUGUCUGCCUUAUACAUAUUCUUUUUACUAUUCUUAGUGUAACAUGAUAAUUCAGGGUGAAGUUUAACCUUGUGGACUUGAGAGGAUCGUCCGCGAGCAAAACCAGCACCUCUGAUUCAUAGUUGAAUCAUUUAAUAACCAUAAAAGAUAGAAACUUACCGAUUGUUGUGGCUAAAAGCUAACAAGUAAGUGGUUACAGAGGUGUCUUCGGGGUCUUUCUAGCCUCUACAGGUGAUUUUCUAUCCAGCCUGGAACUUUUGCCCUUUUUCAUCCAAGAUUUAUCCACUUGAAGUUUCAUUUCUGCCGCUAGCUCCAUGGUCUGUGUCUACUCUCUGUAUGCCGACAUACAGAGAGUAGAAAGCAAGCAACGUAACCAAAGAGUUCAGUGGGAAAGAGAGUGAUCGCCCCAUUCAAACUAGUCUAGUAUGUGAUCAAAGAUACGGACAAGAUAGAUAUCUACCGUUUUACAGAGGAGAAUGGCAUCACUGGUCUGAGAUUUGGCAUAUAUUUGGACCUUUUUUUGAAGAAAUGUUAAUUGUAUGGGCUUUAUAUGAGUCAUAACGUUUGUUUCUUUUGCAUAUAGGAGAACUGUUUUAGGUGUAAUAUCAAUAGAUGACAUUAUUAUAUUGAUAAUUGGCAUAUGUAAAUGUCAUGAGGGGAAAAAGUUCUGGACUUUCUUUGAAAAAAUGUAUGUAUUUUGUCAUCUGUGUAAGUUAUGAUUAUUUUUUCAGUGUGACUCCCAAGACAUGUGAGAAGUGUUUUUUAUGUUUUACUGCUCUGUCUGGGAUAACCAUUCAUAUCUGUGAGAUUCAUGUUCUGUUUUAUUUGUUUAUUUAUCUUUAAGGUCCUACAACCAUUUUGAACAUGCAAGUGACCUCACUGCAACCCAAAUAUUCUAAUAACCCAGUUUGUCCUGAAAGAAAUGAUGUUCAUAUCGUGACUGUAGACAACAGGGUUGAUGUUUUACAAGUUAUUAUAAAAUAAAUCCAGACGGACAAUGAACUGUAAAAAUGGCCUCAGGGCCCAGAGGGUUAAGAGCUGAAGAAGGCCGUGGAAUUUGGUCAAAGCUCCAAUAGAGAGAAUGUAAGCCUUGUGUUGAGAAUAAUCUGUUAAAGAUGUGUUCCCAUUAUUUGUUGGUGUCUGCCUUAUACAUAUUCUUUUUAUUAUUCUUAGUUUAACGUGAUCUUUUCUUACUUAGUAUACCUUUUCAUUUAAUCUGUAUUUUACAUUUUAAAUGAAGUCUUUGUAUUUUCUGUUUGUCAACAAGGUUUAAGAUCUGUUUAGUUUUGUUCUCUGUAACAAUGAAAAUUAGAAAUGCAUCAUCUUACUAUGAUUUUUAAUUAAACUGAA